AAGAAGAAGAAGCGCCGUCGUGUCUGCGCAUGCGCCGAGCUUCAGCAGUAUUAUUUCCAGAGUCGUCUUCGAUAUUUUUGUGUGUUUUUUAUUUCAUGUCACGGUGGAUUUUGUUGUCGCGGCGUCGCGUUUUGUGUCGUCACCGAGGGAACAUGUGUUAGCGUCGAAGCAGCGCGCGCACACACACACACACACACACGCACGCACACACACACACACACAGUGUCUCUGGACCAAAGCAACUAUGUCGACGAAUAAAACAAAGAAAGUCAAAAUGGCCACGAAAUCUUGUCCUGAAUGUGACCAACAGAUUCCAGUUGCAUGUAAGUCGUGUCCGUGUGGAUUCGUGUUCAUCAGCAGGAAACUCCUCAACGCCAAGAUAAACGAACGCUCUCCCGCCAUCGCAGAGAAACUGGAUUUAAAGCGAAGAAGAACCGAGCGCAUUCGCAGGGAGAGGAUCGACUCUCCUUUGACCAGUGACAUGGAGAACAGGAGGAGACCUCGCACCCACAGCCAAUCAGAUCCUAUCCGCAGGGGGCGGGGCAGACCCAAAUCAGCUGGCCUGAAGAAACAGGAAGAGGAGAAAGAGAAACAGGAAAAGGAAGUGGACGUUUACGCCGCGCUCUCCGAUGAAAAGGCCUUUGUGUUUUCUGUGGCUUUGGCCGAGAUCAACCGCAAGAUCCUGGGUCAGAAACUCAUCCUUUAGACCUGAACCAGGGCCAGUGAGGGUCUGUGAGAGGAAACCAACCAAAGAGACCAGCACAGACCUGGAUCUGUGACGGACUUAAAGGAUUAAAGUACAUUUAAUCCCUGCUGCGUAACUGUAAACUCUCCCUGAUCUAAUCUCUACCAAUAUUUAGUCAAAGAUAUUGUUAUUCAUCACGAUGUUCACCUGUGGCUCCGCCUCCCCCGCGGCUUCACUCAGGCCGAGCUAACAGCUAAGCUAACAGGUGAGUCAGCAGACGUGUUCGCGGUUCAGUUCCAGGUUUCUCAAACGUUCUCAUUUACACAAAAAUCACAUUUACACUGAGUUUGAAUGGUUAGAAAUAACCCAUUCAAACUGAUGAAUGGAUUAUCAAGUCAUUGUUUUAAUUCAUUUACCAAACAUUUUUGGUAAAGGUCCAGAUUUAGCUCCAGAUUAGGGCUGGUAAUGACGAUUUUAUGCAAUAUUCAUAUUUGGUCAUCUGUCGAUCAUUUGGUCAUUUUGUUGAUAAAAUGUUGAUCAAACGUGGAAAUGACGACGUUCUCAAACGUCUCGUUUUUGUCCCCAAACUAAAAAUAGGUAUUGUUCACAUUUAAAAAGCUGAAAAUGACAGAACGUGAUAAAUGGUUGCAACCGCUCGUCACAAUAGUUCCAUCUUUAAGGAAAGUUUCCAGGUAAAGAAAGUUUGGGAAACUCUGGAUUAUUUCACGCUGCAGUGAAGAAAAACAGAACGACCGUACGUCACAUUUUAGUCCCUGAAUGCGUCACAGCUUAUUAUUAUGUAACAUGUCAGCCAUGAUUGUAUCUUACGUUUGUUAAAAACAUCAUUAGGUCAAUAAAGUUUUCUUGAAUAAA